AUGGCCGACGAACAACCUUGGAAGAUACCGCCGAUCGUGCAGGAGCUGGCCGCCGGCGUGCAUGAGCCACCGAGAAGGUACUUGGUACGCGAGCAAGACCGUCCGGCCAUGGCCGGCGUCACGAUGUCCGAGCCCAUCCCUAUCGUUGACCUCAGCCGGCUGUCGCCCGCUCCCUCUGACGACCACGGCGCCGACGAGGCCGCCAAGCUGCGAUCCGCCCUGCAGAACUGGGGCUUCUUCCUGGUCAAUUUCUCCGGUUUACUUGCCGAAAUGAUGAAGCCGACGAGGCAAUUCUACAACCUCCCGCGUGAAGAGAAUAAGAGGCACUCCAACCUGGUCAACGGCAAGGAGUUCAGGCUCCAAGGGUACGGCGGCGACAUGAUGGUGGCAGAGGACCAGGUCCUUCAUGUAAAGCUGUUCCAUGGAACAUGGCACGGCUCCGUUUGA